UGUAAAGACUUUUUUCUGCUGGCUCUAGCUUACAGCUUUAUAUAUACAUAAAUAUCUUUAAUCUAUAACUAUACAUAAAUACAUAUAUGUACGAAGCUUCCAUUUUUAAGCCCUAGAGAGAGAUCAUAGAGAUCAAGAGAGAGAUGGAGGCGGCAAAAUUGAUCAGUAGUAGAAUUGAAGAGAAGAAGAAGGAUGAUCAAGAAGAAGAGAUGCUUCCAGGGUUUCGAUUCCAUCCGACGGACGAAGAACUUGUCGGGUUUUAUCUCCGGCGAAAGGUGGACAAGAAACCCAUUAGUAUUGAACUCAUCAAACAAGUUGACAUCUACAAAUAUGAUCCAUGGGAUCUUCCAAUAAGUAGUAGUGUUGGAGACAAGGAGUGCUACUUUUUUUGCAUAAGAGGGAGGAAGUACAGGAACAGCAUAAGGCCUAAUAGGGUUACAGGAUCCGGAUUUUGGAAGGCCACCGGCAUCGACAAGCCUAUACAUUCACUCAAAGAUCCCCAUGAUUGCAUUGGCCUCAAGAAAUCCUUGGUCUACUAUAGUGGAAGCGCCGGAAAAGGCACGAAAACCGAUUGGAUGAUGCACGAGUUUCGACUCCCACCAAAUGGGAAGAAUAUUAAUGCCAAUAUUGUCUCUACCCCUCCUCAUCAUGUUAAGAACAAUAUUGCUGCUCAAGAAGCUGAAGUAUGGACCUUGUGUAGAAUCUUCAAGAGGAUCUCAUCUUACAAAAAGUACACACCCCACUGGAGAGAAACAGCAGCACCACAUACUACAACUGAUUCGAGUUCAAAAACAUGCAGCCUUGAAUCUGACCAAAACAGUUUUGGAGAUUCUUCUUAUAAUAAUAAUGUUCUUAACUAUGAAAGGAAACCUGCAGCUUUUACAGACCAAGUGAUGAGUACUACUGAUGUUCAUCAGCGAAACCACAACUUUCUGAUGAGUCAUUUGGCAGCAGCACAAGCACAAGCUUCACAUACUAAUGCUACAAUGGCGGCUUACACAAGCUUCUGCAAUAACAACAUUAAUAAUCCAACCAGUAAUGAUGGUUUCUUUGGGGAAGGAAAUUGGGAUGAGCUGAGUUCAGUUGUUGAGUUGGCGGUUGAUCCAUCUCAAGCUUAUUAUUGAUGCAGAUAAUUACUUUCUUUUUGAAGUUAAAAAUGAACACUAAAUAUAUAUAGCUUAGUUGGGCUGUUAGUUAUUUUUUUUUCCCUUUCUUUAAAGGUUUCCUAGCUGGGGUUUACAUUUUUGGUAUAGUAACUGACAGAACUGAUCUCUCUUUAAUUUACAGAUGCUAUAUAUGUAUAUACCCCAACUGAUAAAUAUAUAUUUUUUAAUCUUAUUAUUGAGAUUAUUUCGCUAAUAUGUCCUAUUAGUAAUGUUA